AUGAUUACCGGACUAAAUGUGCUAUUAGUCAUUUCACAUCCAGAUGAUGAAUGCAUGUUUUUUGGUCCUACUUUAUUAGAAUUGGGCGAUAGGGAAUAUAAAAAUAGAAUGCAUGUCUUGUGUCUAUCUGUUGGAAAUGAAUCUGGACUUGGAAAAAUCCGAAAGAAAGAGCUUGAAGCUAGUUGUACUUCUUUAGGAAUUGAUGUCAAAUUUGUCAAAUGGUUGGAUCAUCGUGAAUUGCAAGAUGGCCCGAAAAAUGAUUGGAAUCCUGAAUUAAUCUCUUCUAUCAUUGAAGAGUAUGUUGAAAAAAACGGAAUUGAUGUGAUAAUUACUUUCGAUAAUAAAGGAAUUUCAGGACAUCCAAACCAUUCAGCUGCAUAUAAUGGUGCUAGGUAA